CUGAAGGUUAUUAUAAGCGGGGUUUCAAAUGCGUUCGCUUUCCUUCGUUGAUCAUCUUGUUUUCAAGGAUAUAUGCACGACUAGUUCACGGAAUCUAUGUCUGUAUGACGUUGAUAACGAUGGGGAUAAUGAAUUAAUAAUUGGCUAUUGGGAUUCUGGACCUUUGUUAGAAAAUGGAGAAGCAGAUGCAGAAAACGCUGAAGGUUCUAUUCAUGUAUUGAAAUAUAAAAAGGUGUGGAAGGUAUCUUCUCAUCUUGGAAUGGUUUCAUGUGUUACUGCAGGCAGCAUCUAUAAACCUGGUCAGACUUGGAUUAUUGCUUUGUGUGCUGAUUCACAUUGUUAUGCAUUUGAUGCAUGUGCUACUGUUUCAGACUCGGAAUGUAUUCCAAUAAAAUCUGUACAAAAAUUACAACAGUCUCGUGGUUCAUUAAAAUCUGGACAUAUUGCAAAGCCGAAAAUUAAUACAUUAAAAAUGGUUCAUCAUCAAGAGUUAGCCUAUAAUGCUAAAGAUGUAUGCAUAUUUAAUCAAGGUGAAAUUGCAGUAGCCUAUUCUGAUCGUGUUGUUCGUCUCUAUUCAUGGAGUUCAUAUGAAACUCAAAAAAAUUCAACAAAAUCAUCAUCAGCAUCAUCUUCGUCAUCCUGUCCAGAUUCUUCAUCAAAUUUAGGUGAAUUCAUUCUAUUAAUUAAAUGGGAAUUAGCUGGUCAGAUUAAUCGAAUUGAUACAUGUCUGACACAAAAGCAUGGUCUAAUGCUUAUCGCUUCACAACCAAGUGGUGGUUUCGCUCAUUUACAUAGAAAAUUUGAAAAAUAUCAUAAUAAUGUUGCACCUACACUGACAUAUUAUCCUCCACGUGUAAUAAGCUCAAAUAAUUUACAAACACGUACAUGGCUUGUUGGUAAUGUAAUGAAUAAUUCCUCAUGUACUACUACUGGUGAUAAUGAUGAUAAGAGUACUGUUGAACCAGACAGCACAUCGUCGCGUCUUAUCUGUUUAUGUACAGCUGAUGGAAAUAUGCUUCUUAUUGAUCCAACACGUGAUAAUGAUACAGAUCUGGUGUUGUGGUCUAUUCAAGUGCAUACACGCAGUGAAUUAUUUGCUUUAGGUAAAAUAAAAUUGACUCAAGAUGAUGGUGAUCAAAUUGUUGUCUGUUCAUGGGAUGGUGCUACAUACAUAUUUGAUUUAAAUAAUAAUUCAGUAUGCUUCCCAUUAGGACAAUCAUGUCAAGCAUUUAUUGCUGGUGUAUAUGCUGUAGACGCUGGUGUCAAUGUACCAGUGCUAAUCUAUUCAACAUUUGAUCAUAAUAUUCGUAUUUAUUAUAAUUUACAUUUGAAUUAUAUUGCUGCACAAAGUUUGCAUAGUACAAUACUAACAGAUCAACUGUUAGUAGAGAAGUUACAAAAGAAGCAAGUUGAUCCUCAUAAUCCUGUACAGUUAUCUGAAGCUCUGCGUCAUAUCCUCUAUGAAUUACCUGAACAAACAACCCAUCCCCAUCUCUGUGAUUAGAAUAUUAUUAAAUGGAUUGAACAUUGAAUGAUUUAUAUUUCAAAAGGAAAAAAUGCUCUACAAGAACGCCUGAAUUAAUAUUUUUGAUGACCUUUCUUUUAUUUUCUUUGUAUUUUUUCUACUUAUUUCUAUUGUUUGUUUGUUUUUAAUAGAGAUGUAUUGUUCAACUUUUCAUAUUGAUGAAUAAAACCAACUGAAGUGGUGAUUAGCUUUAGAAAAAUGUACUAAAGGUAUUUGUAUUCAGGAUGAAACACGGAUAAAAAAGAAUUGUAUCAUAUAGCUUGAUAAUAAAGAAAUUUCAUAGUAGAUUUUGUUUUGAACUGGUAUUGGUUGAAGAACUAUCGAAAAUCAGGUUGUAGUAGCACCACCGGCCGACGGAUUCCUAUGCCUCGCUUAGGCGGUAGUAAGUCCAGUAGAGAGGUAAAGUUGGGAGUGAGUGAGUGAGGCUAGCAGUCUCACCACGUCUUAAGAAUCACUGCUACUGAAACUUCAAAGGUCAAGCUUGAAACCCUGUGUUCCAAUGUGCUGCACUCCAGAAUUCUAAGUUCUCUUUAUUCAC